GAGAUGCAGAGCAUCAAGUGUGUGGUGGUGGGCGACGGAGCCGUGGGCAAGACCUGUCUCCUGAUCUGCUACACGACCAACGCCUUCCCCAACGAAUACAUCCCCACCGUCUUCGACAACUACAGCGCCCAGAACACAGUGGACGGCCGGACUAUCAACCUGAACUUGUGGGACACGGCCGGCCAGGAGGAGUACGACCGCCUCCGGACACUCUCCUACCCGCAGACCAACGUCUUCAUCAUCUGCUUCUCGAUCGCCAGCCCCCCCUCCUACGAGAACAUCAAGCACAAGUGGUACCCGGAGGUGUGCCACCACUGCCCCGACGUGCCGAUCCUCCUGGUGGGCACCAAGAAAGACCUCCGGACCAACCCCGAUACCCUGAAGAAGCUGAAGGAGCAGAACCAGGUGCCGGUCACCACCCAACAGGGGGCCAGCCUUUCCAGGCAGAUCCAUGCCGUCAAGUACCUGGAGUGCUCCGCCCUCAACCAGGAGGGGAUCAAAGAGGUCUUCACGGAGGCCGUGAGAGCCGUCCUCAACCCCACACCCGCCAAGCCCAAGAAACCCUGCGUGCUUUUGUGA